ACAAUUAAACAAGUUACCUGUCAUAUGUUAUUGUUUGCUCAUAUAUACUCCGUGCGACAUAAACUGACUCAACAAACAUAUUCAUUAUUCAAAAUGCAUAUUAAAUACGGGUUUAAGGAUAUGAUGCAAACGAAUGACUUCUUAAUGGAUAUCCGGCACUUAUUUGAUGUCAAGUCGAAACAUGUACUCAAAUAUUACUCGUCAUGGAUUGAACAUGAUCUCGAUGACCCCUUCCUCAUCCCGGCCCCUUUUGAGCAGGCACAAAUAGGGCAUAUCAACAUGUUGGUGCAAUAA